AUGCAUUUGUUUGACGUUUCUCCGAGUGAACUGCUGUUCGGUGUUAGUUCAUCCUUCCUCUCGAUACGAAAUGAACGUCUCGCCUCGCGCGAGUCGACAUUUGGAAUAAAGCGAGAAGUGUCACACGACAACGAGACGAGAAUUGUCGUUUCGAGUCGUGCGAGACGCAGAAUAAGCCUGAAUAUUUCGACCAAAAUAAGACCAUUACAAAGCAAUGCUACAUUCGACAUACCAAAGUUGUCGUCAUUUAUUCAGCACACUCCCUUCCCCUUGACCGAACCAUGCAAGCCCAUCCAAACUAGCCAAAACAAUGCGUUCGCCAUCAAUCCAUCAUAUAGAAGCACUCCUCACGUCCGCCCCGCGACUGCCCCCUCCGUGCGAAUUGCAGACUUUCCGCCCGUUUCGUCGUCCAGCUUGCCAUUGUCUACUCGAGUGCAAACAGUUCAAAGCAGUAAGGUGCCUAUUGCGUUGUCUAUUGCUGUCAACAGUGAUACAGUGGUGCCCAACGUGUUUGCACAAGCGUUUCUCCUAUUCGACUUCACCUCUGUACCUGUGCCAGUUCCUCAACCGUGGAUAAGUGUCCCGACAUCUCAACAGCGCGCUGCUAGGCACAUCGUUCCCAAAGAGCUUCCCAUCUGUUCGGGCGAUCCUGUCGAAUGGCCGCUGUUCUUGAGUUGUUUCCAGAACACCACCCAGUUAUGUGGGUUUUCUCACGGAGAGAAUUUAAUGCGUCUGCAGCGGAGUCUCAAAGGAAACGCCCUGGAAGCCGUCCGAAGUUUACUGCUGGAGCCCUCAUCGGUUCCUAUGAUCGUUUCGCCGCUCCAGACCCUUUACGGUCGUCCCGAUCUAAUAAUCAACUCGCUGCUGCAGAAAGUACGCGCUACUCCAGCCCCAAAACCGGACAAGCUGGAGUCUCUGAUAUCGUUCGGUCUAGCAUGCCAAAACCUUUGCGGUCAUCUGCGUGCAUCUGGACAAGAGGCCCACUUCUCCAAUCCGGCUUUGCUGCAGGAGUUAGUCAGCAAGUUGCCAGCGAACAUCAAGCUGGAUUGGGCGCUUUUCAAACAAAAGUGCCCUGCAGUCGACCUUGGCACAUUUGGCAAUUACAUGGCGCAGCUGGUGGUUGCUGCAAGUGACGUCGCUCCCUACCAACCAUCUACAGAAGCUCGAGUCGGUUCAGACAAAGGAAAGGGAAAAGAGAAGCUGUAUGUGAACACCCAUGCAUCUGGCAAUCCGGUGGACAACGUUGGUAAACGGAAUCCUCCAAACAAUUCUGGAGGUAAACAGUACCAACCAAAACCGUGCCAAAUUUGUGGGAAACAGAGACACAAGGUGCGAGACUGCGACGACUUCAAGAAGUGCAACCUGGAGGAACGUUGGAAGCGCGUUCAGGAGCAUUACCUAUGCAGACGAUGCCUGACAGCACAUGGAAAGUUCCCGUGCAAGGCAACUUCGUGCGGAAUGGAAGGAUGUGAAGAGCGGAACCACAAACUUUUGCACCCAGGCAAGCCACAGUCAGCAGUCCCAGCAAAGCAGCCAACAGCGACGGAAACCGUCAACGUUCACACCGCUCUGAAAGUAUCCACGCUCUUUCGUAUAGUACCAGUGACGCUGUUCGGCAACGAUCGAUCUGUCCACACGUUUGCGUUUUUGGACGAAGGGUCUUCGUCUACGUUGGUCGAUGUCCGAAUUGCUCGUGAGUUGGGAUUGAAAGGUGAAGUCCACCCGCUUUACUUGCAGUGGACCAGCGAUGUUGAACGCUGUGAGGACAGUUCGCAGCUGAUUCGUCUUGAAAUCUCUGGGCGUGGAGCUCAGAAACGACACGUUAUUGCAGCAGCUCAUACCGUGGAAAAACUGUGUCUUCCUCAGCAAAGUUUGCCGUUCGAUCAACUAGCUCAACAGUUUCCGCACCUCCGUGGUCUACCCGUUCACGGAUAUCGCAACGCCACUCCAACUAUCCUGAUCGGUUUGGACAACACUCACCUGAAGAUUCCCCUCAAAGUCCGCGAAGGUAGAGCCGGAGAACCAGCAGCGGCGAAAACCAGACUUGGUUGGACGGUGUACGGCCCUAUUCCGGGUGAAUGUUCCUCGACGCAGCAGUGCCAGUUUCAUCUGUACAAGGAAGCUCGAAACCAUGACGAUGUGUUGCACGACCUUGUGAAGGAGUUUUUCUCGGUGGAGCACGUUGGAGUCGCUGUAGCUCCUUUGUUGGAAGGAUCCGACGAAAUGCGUUCCAGAAAGAUCCUCGAAGAAACGACUUCACGGCUGCCAUCCGGACGAUUCCAGACAGGACUGCUCUGGAAAAACGAUCAUAUCGAUUUUCUAGACAGCAAGCCUAUGGCAGAGAGUCGGCUGAAAUCACUGGAGCGUCGUUUACGGCAGAAACCCGAACUUUUCGAGAACUUGAAGCAGCAGAUAGUCGAGUACGUGGAGAAAGGCUACGCGCAUAAGAUUACGCAAGAAGAGGUUCUCUGUUCGAAUCCCAGGAAAGUGUGGUAUCUUCCGUUGGGGGUAGUUGUACACCCCAAAAAGCCAGGAAAAGUUCGCAUAGUUUGGGAUGCGGCAGCGACCGUCCAAGGUUGCAAUCUGUUGCGAUAUAAAAGAGAUGUUCCACCAGUUUCUGAUCAGACCCGAAGAUCGACAGGCACAACGGUUCCUGUUUCGAAGCGACCCCUGCAAAGACUUCGAGUUUACGUCAUGGACGUUGCCACUUUUGGUGUAACUUGUUCGCCCUCCGCUGCACAGUUCAUCAAAAACCAAAAUGCGAAGGAGUUUGAGUCCGAAUUUCCCGAGGCUGCCGCAGCAAUCGUGCACAAUCACUACGUGGAGGAUUAUUUGGAUAGUCGGGACACCGUCGGGGAAGCAGCAGACCUGGCGCUGCAAGUGAAAACAGUCCACGCUAAGGCUGGGUUCCACAUUCGGAACUGGAUGUCCAACUCCAGAGAGGUGCUUUCACGGGUUGGGGAUUCGGCUGAAGAAUCUGCGAAGAGCUUCAAGACGCAUACAGCUGCAGUUUCGGAACGCGUACUCGGGAUGAGCUGGUUUCCCGAAUCGGACGAAUUUGAAUUCCGCGGACUUUUCCGCGAACAACUGAUGCCCCUACUUCACGGAGAAAUUAUUCCAACUAAACGGCAGCUCCUCCAAGUUGUCAUGAGCAUUUUUGAUCCCCUUGGUCUGGUGUCGCUUGUAGUGGUUCACGGAAAAAUCCUCGUUCAGAAGACGUGGCGAGUUAAAAUCGGGUGGGACGACAAAAUCAACGAAGAUCUGCUCAAACUAUGGCGGCGGUGGAUUAAGCUAUUAGGACAGCUUGACACAAUUCGCAUACCACGGUGCUACUUCCCAGAAUAUCUACCGGAAAGCUACAAAUCUUUGCAGCUACACAUUUUUGUAGAUGCGAGCGAAGAUGCGUACGUAGCAACCGCCUUCUUCAGGAUUGUAGAUCAGUCCCAAGUUCGUUGCGCUCUGGUAUCAUCGAGGACGAAAGUUGCGCCACUGAAAUUACUGUCAGUUCCCCGUCUUGAGCUCCAGGCUGCGUUGCUCGGAGCCAGAUUAGCGAAGUCUGUAGCGGAAAACCACACACUGCAAAUCAAACAACGAUUCUUCUGGGGUGAUUCCUCCACUGUUCUCUCAUGGAUACGCUCGGACCACCGGAGAUAUCGCCAGUUUGUGGCGUACCGCGUAUCUGAGAUCUUAGACACUUCAAAGGUCGACGAAUGGCACUACGUUCCCUCGCAUCUGAAUGUGGCGGAUGACGCCACAAAGUGGAAAGAACGGCUCCAGAUCAGCAACAAUCAUCGCUGGUUCUGUAGACCAGACUUCCUGUACGAUCCUCCAAACCUGUGGCCAAAACAGAACGCGCCAUCUACUCCAACUACAGAAGAACAAGUGGUGCAGUUCUGCGGCUUUUCCAAGUGGGAGCGUUGUCUGCGUGCCGUUGCCUAUGUUCAUCGAUUUAUCGAUCAGCUGAAGCGAAAGCGGCGUAAAGAACAAUCCAACGUUACAUCCAUCCUUACUCGUGAAGAGCUUCAGCGAGCAGAAGAGACCAUUAUCAAGCAGGCCCAGUUCGAAGCGUUUGCAGAUGAAGUGAUUACGAUGCAGAACAACCAGUCGCUACCGGAGGACCAGCGUCAGCGACUCGAAAGUACAAGCAUGCUGUACAAACUGUCUCCUUUCCUGGACAAUCGAGGUGUAGUCAGAAUGGAGGGACGGAUCACCGGUUUUGCGGAUGCGCCCUACGACUUCCUUCUGUGUUGCCGAAGAACCAUUACGUUACUCGGCUCAUCGUCGAUUCGUACCAUCGGCGGUACAAGCAUUCCAACGGAGAGACAGCAGUGA